ACGCUGACUUGCUCUCAGACCCUAAAGGCGGGCUGAGCACUCAAGAAUGUGUCCCGUUGCACAUGUAGUCAGUGAAUGCUGAGCACUGGUGGAGCGCAGCGCACCACACUGGGAGCGCACGGGAAACUUGUCGAGAACACCAUAUUAUUUUUAUUAUUUUUCCCUUUUUAAAAACUCAGCUGAGAGGAAAUACACGUCUCAUCAUUUGGAGCAUUUUCUUUUCUUGCAAGAGCAUGACGCAUGCUGUUCAUAUGACUGAUUUUACUUGAGGCUAUAGAGAGAGACACAGCGACAACGCGACAUGGAGACGUUUACAAUACACGACAUGCUCAUAAAUUCAACUGACCUCAACAAGAUUUUAUGUAAUUUUGGGAUCAAGAACAUUUCGGAGUGCGAGCAGGAGCCUUCGCCCGAACCUAAAGACAUCAACGAGACAGUGCGGAUCGUCCUCUACAGCCUCAUCUUCCUCCUCAGUGUCGUGGGUAACAGCCUCAUCAUCGCCGUCCUGGUGAGGAACAGGCGCAUGAGGACCGUCACCAACCUCUUCCUGCUGUCUCUGGCCAUCAGCGACCUGAUGGUCUCCCUGGUCUGCAUCCCCUUCACCCUCAUCCCCAACCUCAUGAGGGACUUCAUCUUCGGCACCGGCAUGUGCAAGCUGGUCAUGUACUUCAUGGGUGUCUCAGUGAGUGUUUCCACGUUCAACUUGGUGGCCAUCUCCCUGGAGCGCUACAGCGCCAUUUGCAAACCGCUGACCUCCAGGGCGUGGCAGACGAAAUCCCACGCUGCCAAGGUCAUCACCGCCACCUGGGUCAUGUCCUUCAUCCUAAUGCUACCCUACCCAAUUUCUAGCACCCUCAAGCCCUUCACUCGCCACAACAACAGCACCGGGCACAUGUGCCGCACGGCGUGGCCCAACGACAUCAUCCUGCAGGCCUGGUAUGUGUCCCUGUUGUUGCUGCUGUUCCUCAUCCCCGGGAUCAUCAUGAUGACAGCCUACGGACUCAUCUGCCUGGAGCUGUACCGGGGAAUCACGUUUGAGAUGUCCAGCAGGAAAUCUGACAGAGAUAGACAGUCCAGCACUGGCAGCAUCAAGCCCAGCGACAGUGACGGCUGUUACCUGCAGCCGUCUAAAAAGAAGAGCUUCUCACUGAGCACAGGAAACCCCAGCACCAAGUCCAUGAUGGGCCGUGUGUGCGGCACCAACUCGUCAUCCAACCUGAUGGCCAAGAAGCGCGUGAUCCGCAUGCUCCUGGUCAUCGUCUUCCUCUUCUUCGUGUGCUGGACUCCCGUCUUUGUGGUCAACGCGUGGCAGGCUUUCGACCAGCGCUCGGCCUACCGCCUCACCGGCGCGCCCAUCUCCUUCAUCCACCUGCUGUCCUACACCUCGGCCUGCGUCAACCCCAUCAUUUACUGCUUCAUGAACAAGCGCUUCCGCCAGGGCAUGCUGGCCACGUUCACCUGCUGCAGCUGCUUGAGGAGGGACGGCGGAGUGAGCGGCGGCUUGGGGAGGUCAACUGGAAGCAGGAUGAAUAGAGGGGAAAUGGGCAGAAUGAGAGCGGGGCCAAAGAACAAUGAGCAGAAUGGUCAUACCCCGCCAAACGGAGCCAGCACACGCUUCACCUACACCGGCAUCCGUGCAUCAGCCUGGAGCGAGCUGACUUAAACUGGAUGGAUAUGUGCGAGAGUGUGUGUGUGAGUGUGUGUAAGAGCUCUGGCCUGAGUACAAACACUUGAAGGGAAUCUGCAGUGUGUUGUUUCAACAUAAAGCCCUCACAGUGCUUAUAGGACUAGUUUAUGAGCAGCUUUAGCUCGGAGUGUGACAUGACACAGGUUCUACAUUUAAUGACUGUGGAGCAGAAAGGUACAUUCAGUGCUCUCACAGAGCAGGAUGUUUCCCUAAAGCUCACGGGGUGGCUGACUGAUGCCUGAUCAUGUAAAACCUUGAAGGACCUAAAGUCUGACAUAGGAAGACUUUGAGUGUUUCUAUGAAGCAGAAACCCAAUUAACAUAGUUUGCUACCAUCUUAAAACACAUUACAGCGGCCAAAUAGUCUCUCCAUACCUUUCAGUGUUUUGCACCAGAUGAGACAUUUCCAAAACCACAAUCUUUUUUUAUAUUAAAGGGUUAAUUGGAAGCAGACAACCAAUUACCAGAAGAAAAGGAGUACAGUAAAUAUAUAUACGUGCAGAUACAGAGAGCAUUGUAGGUUCACAGCAUGACUUCAGAACUUCUUUCCUCAUUACCCUUAUUUAACAAGUGCGUACCCUAUAAAGUUCUCUACAUCAUGAAAAAGGAAUGUGUAACAAAGGUAUACAUUAUCAAACUGGGAGACGUUCCAAUUAAGUUAGUUAGGAGACCAGGCAUCCUUUAGGGGCUCUAUUAAUUUGGCAACACCCAAAAAUAUGGCUGCAACUGUCGCACAUAUGGAAUUCACUUCGACCACUCCUUCAUAAGUCUGUUCAUUCGUAGGCGAAGUGAGAAGGUAUUUCUUUGCAUUAUGUAUAUUUCAUUAACGAUAUCUGUCCAGCAGCCAAUAUCUUGUGAUGGUUUUCCUACCGGCAGAUAUCAGAACACCAAAGAAGUAUUCGUUAAAGUGUCCAAGUUGAAAUUCAGCUUUCAAAUCAAAUCAAAUCAAAUCAAAUCAAAUCAAAUCAAAUCAAAACCAGAGUCGACCAAAGUGCUGUACAGUAAAAUAAAAUAAGUAAAAUAACAUGGUAACAGCAAAACACCAGAGAAAUAACAAACCCAAAGACAUGCGCAAGAAAAACGGAAAAAAAGGGAAAGUAAAGCACAGAAAAGUCUGAAAAUAAAAUAAUGAAAGACUUAAGGACAAUCAAAGGCCUCAGAAAACAUGUGGGUCUUCAGCCUAGAUUUCAAUGUGUCUACAGAGGGGGAGCACUUAUUGGAAAGGGGAAGCUGUUCCAAAGCUUUGGGCCGACUACUGCGAAUGUACCACCAGCCUUCACCACUCAUCGGUCGCCCAGCUUUUCCUAAAAUAAAAGUAUUAAAUAGGCAUUUUAAUGGUAGAAAUGCCCUCCAGUAUAUUGUGCAUCUUAGACCAGAACUGUCUUACUACAGGGUACUCCCAAAAUAUAUGCCAGCGAUUUGCAUCCUGGCUCCCGCACAAUCUCCAGCACUUGGGAUCCUCUCAUGUAGCGCGGUAGUGCUUUCUGCUCUGGGGUAUUGAAGAGUCUAAUUAGACAUUUCCAACCAAAUUCUCUUCAACUAGUGCACUUCCAUUGAAAGCUGCAAUAACUAUACCAUUCCUCCCUUGAAAUUAAGGUGGAAUAGGAUUUCUUUGACCUAAACCCCUUAUAUAGUCUGGAUAUAAUACCUUUGUUUAAUUCUGACAAGUAGGAUCCUAAAACUACUUUCAGCCUUGGGUCAUCCAGACCUGAGGGGUGAUUUUUAACAUAUUGAUUAAAGAAGUGUUGUAGUUCUAGAUACCUAUAAAAAUCUUGCUUUUCCAAAGUGUAUGGAUAAGGGUUAAUUACCCUAGAUAUAGAGACGGAGACGGAGGGAGCCUUUCAUCCGUUGUCUGCAUUCAUUUCGUCCAUAGUUGGACACGUUACCUGAAGGCUUGCGGAUACAAAUGACACGGAGCAGUACCACCAUAGAUCCUAAAGGCAGUGUAGCGUAGCGUGAAGAGAAUUCUCCGUCCACAUGUCGGGAUGUAACAUCAUAUGGACGGACAGACCACCAAUGUCUACAACGCUGCCUCUCUUUAUAUAGUAUUGUGCAAUAAUACGACCUCCUCCGCUGUCGCCUCAUUUGCUGUUGGGCAAAACUUUUGACUCUGUUCUUCAGUGCCAUCAUAAAGGACACGUGGAAGUAUGAAGGCAGUGACGUUUACGUUUGAGAUGGACGUAUCUGGUCCGAGUUACUGCUCCAUCUACAUCCCAACCCUCACCUAUGGUCAUGAGCUCUGGGUAGUGACCGAAAGAAUGAGAUCACGGAUACAUGCGGCCAAAAUGAGUUUCCAAAGAAGGGUGUCUGGGCUCAGCCUUAGAGAUAGGGUGAGGAGCUCUGACAUCCGGAGGGAGCUCGGAGUAGAGCUGCUGUUCCCUUGCGUCAAAAGGAGUCAGUUGAGGUGGUUCGGGCAUCUGAUCAGGAUGCUUCCUGGGCCCCUCCUGUUAGAGGUGUCCCAGGCACGUCCCACUGGUAGGAGGCCCCGGGGCAGAGCCAGAACAUGCUGGAGGGAUUACAUAUCUUGUCUUACCUGGGAACGCCUUGGGGUCCCCCAGGAGGAGCUAGAAAGCGUUGCUGGAGAGAGGGAUGUCUGGGGUGCUUUGCUUGGCCCUCUGCCCCCCAUAGCCUCGCUUCGGAUAAGCGGAUGAAAAUGGAUAAAAGGAUGGAUGUAUCUAUUUUGUAUGUAAAGAAAGUAUAAAAGAGCCUUAAGACUGCAUGAUAGGAUCAGUUCGUCCAUAUUACAAAAAAUUAUGUAUAUUUUCUUUCUCCUAACAAAAAAAGAUUACAUCAAGGUAUGCUUCAUCUAAGUUGGAAUAAAAAACACUAAUGACGCUUUUCAAGUACUCAACCUUGGUGAUAUGUCUCCAUAACUACAUACGCUGUCAAAAGAAUCUCACCUGAAGGGCAACUCAUUGUACCUGUUCCGAAGCCUUUGAACGUAUCUCAUCUUUACCAGCAUAUUGAGUUUGUCUAGUUGCCAUGGGAAUCGUCCAAGGUCGAGCAUGAACUUUAAAACUCAUCUUUCAAACCAACAUGAACAAGAACUCCUACAUGUUAUGAUCUACAUCUCCAAUGGCAACUGGCGAACUCCAUGUGCCAGUGAAAAUUGAUUUAGAUCAAAAGCUCUUGAAUAGCUCCGCUCCAAGGUCGAGACUGAACUUUGAAACUCAACCAUGUCAGUGUUUUUGGAAGUUAAGCUCCUUAACUUCAAACUGUGUAUAAGUUACAGGAUGUUAGAUGACACUCUGCCAUAUUUCAAAGCUUAGGUUUUAGUUUGUUGCCAGCGGGAGAAACACUACUGUGCAUAUUCAGUGGUUUGUAGAAGUAGACGGAGAAUCUAGAAAGUUUUUGGGGCCUAUGCACCAGACGAGCGACAUUGGAAUGAAUAGAUGCCAUUUUGGGACUGAUUGCACAAAACACCGUAAGUUUUCUCCUUACGUAUUUUGAGGAAACCUUAACUAGAACUUUAAGGAAAAUUUUACCUUAAGACGUUUUGUGCAACCAAUUUUAUUUUGAGGAAACCUUAACCAGGAUGUUAAGGAAGAUCUUAACUUAAGGUAUUUUAUGCAACUGAUUUUUUUUAUUUAGGAAACCUUGACCAGGUCUUUUAGAAAGAUCUUAACUCAAGGGUGUUUUGUGCAGCUCAAUUUUAUUUUGAUGAAAUCUUAACUAGGACUUAAAGGAAAAUCUUAACAGAAGAUGUUUUGUGCAACCAAUUUUAUUAAUUUCUUAAGGAGAUCUUAACUUAACUGAUUUUAUUUUGAGAAAACCUUAACUAGGACUUUAAGGAAGAUCUCAACUUAAGGGUGUUUUGUGCAACCUAUUUUAUUUUGAGGAAACCUUAACUAGGACUUUAAGGAAAAUCAUAACUUAAGGUUUUUUUGUACAACCAGCCCCAGGUAUCUAGGUAUUGUUAUAAAUCUUAUAAAAAAUAAAUAAUAAUAAAAUAAAUAAUUAAAAAUAACUGGCUGCCUGGAAAUCAGGAAAACACAUAAAAAUAUUGUGUACCCAAAAUAGCAGUGAUAUUAUCUAUCCAUGAUUUUAAGGGAAUUGGCGAACAUAAAAAUUGACUGGUGUGGUCCUUUAAAAAACCCUCAUCUUAGUAAAUAGGCUUGUAUUUGGCAUCUUCAGCAGCGGCUGCCUGUCACACUGCAGUGUAUCUGUACUCAGCAGCUUCAAAACAGUCCUCCGGUGCACAAACAGCCCUGCUCUCGUCCUUGACCUACUGUGUGUGUACCGUAUGUGUGUUUAUGUGUGUGUGUGCCUACAGGCGUUGUACUGAGUGUACUAUGGGAACUGGAGAGGCCUUAUCAUUCAGUGGGACUUUGAACACCUGUAUCCCUUCGUCUUCAAAGAGCGAAUUCCCGGCAUCACCCACCUGAUUUCCACUCACUCAUACUGUUAAAUAUAGCAGCGUUCAUGUAGCAACUUAUCCUGUUUUUUGUUUCCAUAUGUUUCAAUGUUAAUAUUGUUGUAAAAAGUUGUGCGUUCAGGUUUGAUGCAUUGAUGGAGAUUUUGAAGUAUAUUGUUGUUUUGCAUGAUAAUGUGCCUAUUUUGACUUAAGUCCUGUUAAACCUGCACAUAACUGAAUGUAACCAGUGGUUUUAUAUACAUCUGAAAGCGGUUUUAGGGACGGCAUUGUGUUCUUUUUGUUAUGUACAGACACACGAGCCAUCUCUGAAUAACGAUCGUCUGGUUGACCAUAUAAAGACCUUGGGCGCCCAGUGUGCAAAUGCGUCGGCUCAGGCUCGGGGAAGAGUAACAUGGAGCUUUUAACGGCUUUAAUAAAAGUGGAUUUAAAGGACAGAGGGCAUUAGGGCCCAGACAAGUGGCGGAAAGAAGAGGGGGGAAUCUGCUGGGACUUCUUCCCAAGGAUAAGAGCUCCAUUUGGGCUUGGUAGACGCCCAAAGCCCUGGGAGAUGCUUAAAGGGACAGCUCACCCCAAAUCAAAAAUAUAUUUUCUUCCUCUCACCUGUAGUGCUGAUUAUCAGUCUAGAUUGUUUCAGUGUGUUGCAGAGUGUUGGAGAUAUCAGUCACAGAGAUGUCUGCCUUCUCUCCAAUGUAAUGGAACUAGAUGGCACUCAGCUUGUGGUGCUCAAGGUACCAAAACAUGCAUUUGAACAACUCAACAGCAAUGUCUCUUUACAGAAAUCAUGACCUGGUUACUCAAGAUAAUCCACAGACCUUGUUGUGAGCAGUUUCAUGCAGGAACUAUUUUCUUUCUACUGAACUACACCCGCCAACCGUAUAACAGCGCAGAAGGAAGUGUGCAUCUACUCAUGGAUGAGAGGUUAGCCAGCUAGCUAGCUUUGUUAGGCUCAAGCUGGUACAAAAUACUUCUGUAAUGUAAACACUAAGCAAUUGUUAGUUUAUAAAUCGCCGGUAGCGAAACAUUUAGUGAUAGCCCGCAGGCUGUAUCCUCCAAAAUAAUUGGGAUUGAUUUCAUCACUGUUGUUUGCUGUCAGUUUUCUUAGCUUUGCUAGCUUACUAACUUGCUAGUUAGCUAGUUAGCUGUGCUAAGAUUGAGUUGGUACAAAUUACUGUAAACACUUAACAAUUGUUAGUUUGCCCAUCUUGUUUCAUCGAAGUCACAAAUAUUGGUUGGAUGACUUAAAAAUUUGACAAAAAGUGAGUUAAACCACGAUUUUAAAGAAAUUAAUAGUUUUUUUCUUCUAUUUUCUUCUUUGCUCAUGGAUGUGAGGCUCAUGCUCACAACAAUGCAAAAAGUAAACAUUAAUGGUGGCCUCCUCAGCUGAACUGCAAUGUUAGCUAACUCAGCGGUGCUAGGUGAGCUAGCAGUAGGUAACUCCCUUUUUGUCAAUUUUUUUGAAUCAUUUUACCAAUAUUUGUUACUUUGAUAAAAACAAGUGGGGCAGGUCAUUUGUACCAACUUGAUCUUACAAUCUAGCUUUUUAUAACUGGUCUUAAAACAUUUAGUGCUACCUCCUAGCUUGCUAGCUAGCUUGUAGGCUGUAUCCCCCAUAAGAACUGGGAUUCACUUUGUUACUGUUGUCUGCUGUAAUUUUUUUAAUGUCUUCACAAUUAAAUCAUAACGAACAGUAGUUUGUGCCUGAACCUGCUCUACAUUGACAGUAGAGGAACAGAUGCCUCUAAAUAACCAUUCUGGUCCCCCACGAGCCAGCUGCCAACCAAAUCACUGCGCAAAAAUGAGCGCACACCUCCUGCUAGCUCACCUAGCACCGUUGAGCUGGCGUUACAACUCAGCCGAGGAGGACGCCAUUAAUGUUUACAUCUUGCACGGUCACGAGCCUCUUGUUCAUGAGUAGAUGCACGCUUCCUUCUGCACUGUGAUGCGGUUGGCGGUUUGGUAAAAAGAAAAUAGUUCCUGCAUGAAACUGCUCACAACAAGGUCUGUGGAUUAUCUUGAGUAACUGGACCACACCCGGCAACUGUAUCACCAUGCAGAAGGAAGCGUGCAUCUACUCAUGGAUGAGAGGCUAGCAAGCUAGCUAGCUCUCUAAGAUCAAGUUGGUACAAAUUUCUUAUUCAAACACUUUCAUCAAAGUCACAAAUAAUGGUUAGAUGACUUAAAAAUUGGACAAAAAGUGAGUUAAAUCACACUUAAAAUGGGUCAUGAAUUCGUUUCAAAUGUAUUUUUUGGCACUUUGAGCACCACAAACUGAGUGCCAUCUAGUUCCAUAAUAUUGAAGAGAAGGCAGACAUCUCUACAGUCGUUAUCGCCAACGCUCAGCAACUCCAAAACAAUGUAGACUGAUACACAGUACUACAGGUAAGAGGAAAAACAUGUAUUUUUGAUUUUGGGGUGAACUGCCCCUUUUACAGUCACUGGACGGAGGAAAGAAACACAACUUAUUCAUUUGUACUCUUUCAGCUAAAGUGUAAAAAAAAUGCUUCUGACGACGACGAUUAAAGAAACAAUAAAACACCAAGUGAGAUUUUAUAUCACUUUUUUAUUUCUCAUUUUUAUGCCAAUAUUGCAAGUUUUUUUUUCUCGUUUUUUUCUUUUCUUCUUUUAAUGACAUACAGAUUUGAGCAUGAUCUGGAGCUGCAAUAUGUACAAAAACAAAACUAACGUAUGUUAUAAAAAAACAAACAAAAAAAAACAAAAGAAAAACAAAAAAAAACAAAACCGUCCCCUUUGUUUUUGACGUUAUUGCUAAAAUGUUACAAACGGCACAGGUUUCUACCAUCAGCAACCCUUUGAGCACUGAGUAUACUACCACAAUGACACCUCUGCUUACCAUUUACUAGAAUAAUACACAGAUACAGUGAGAGUGAAAGGACAUGGAGGAGGAGGAGGAGGAGGAGGAAGAGGAGGAACGAAAAAAGUGAUUCAACUGGAGCAAAGCUAAGCAUAACAGGCUGUUAAAAACAAGAAGGUAAAAGGGAGGAAACUUCAAAUGUACAUACAUGAACAUGAAAGAGUGAGGAUGAAUGUGUGAGAGUAAAGAAAGGUUAGCGCUCUGUAGUGCAAACAGCCAAAUAGUCUUAAGGAGAAAGUAAGGCUGAGUGCGACAGAGAAGGGCUCCACACUCCUUUUUUUGUUUCUUCUUUUUCUAAAGUUAUCUGUUUAAAGCUGCCUCUCACUCUGCCCUGUUUUGUUUAGCAGUGCAUGAAAACUACAUUAUAAAAGACAUUUGGCAUAUUAGAGGAUACAUACAUUGUUCAGAGCUCAUUAUAAAAAAAACAAACAAACACAAGAACAGCUGCUUUUGGAAGAGUAAAAACAAAUAUGACCAGACACACAAAGAGAACCGGUUAUUUUUCUGUAAAAGCAUCGCUAAUGAUUCUUUUCUUUCCUCUCUGAAAGCUUUGUCGCCAGGUUAAUGCAGCGUGCGAUUCUAAGAAGGCAUGUAACAUUUUCUUUUUGACCCCUUUUGAUAGCUCGUUACGAGUGAGACAUCCUCCCGAAAACUGUAAACCAGCUCAGAUUGUCAAGGCGACACAUUUUUUGAAAAAGCAUGCAUCACCCCCUUUAUUAGUUUGAGCGGAUGUGACAAAAGCUGCUCUGUUCAGACUCGCGUGAGGAGAUGAAGAGGAGCCAGGGGUGGUUAGCCGUAAGAGGCGACUCAGCAUGUAAACAAAAACCCAAAAAUAUCCAAGCUCAAGGGAGGAAGAGGAGGAGGAGGGAGGGGAGAGGAAGAGGAAGAGGAAGGGUGAUGCUAAUGCAGAGGCUAUGUUAAAAACUCGCUGAAUUUUUAGAGCUAGUAGAAAAAACACUCAAGUUAAAAAUCUACAGUUAAGAUUUUGUGACCUCCAUCCUGCAGAGUAAAGGGUUUCAGGGGUUGACCUGCAGCUCGUGAAGGAGCGCGUGAUAUUUUGACGCUACACUGCCGCCGCCGCUGCACCUACAACUCCUCAACGUUUUCCAGGAUGGACAGGAAGUGGCCUCUUUUUUAAAAAACUCCCAGGCCAACCUAGGCAGCACGGGCAAUAAUAAUGCACUUUUUUUUUAUUCUGACAUAAGACAAGGGGAGACUUUGUACCAAUAAUUUAAAAAAUAUCAAUAUUACAAUAUAAAACAUUUAACAUUAAUGACCGACAGGUGGGCGAGGGUGGCGAAAUGCGGGGGCAUAACUUAAAUCUUUUUCUUUACAUCGAAGGGGGUGCAAUCCUUUUUUGUUCCUAUUUCAAAGGUUUGUAAAAAUUCUUCAUUAAUAAGCAGACAUUCAAGUUAUUUUCUUUUUAAUUUCCCCGGAAGUGUUUACAGUCGUACUGUAAUACUAAGAUCACACGUAUUGCCUUUGAAUGUUUUCUCCACGAUUAUUAUUAUCAUCAGACAUUUGGAUCCUGGUGGAAGACAGAUAAAACCCCGUGAAUCUCAAGUUUGUUUUUUUGGAGAGAAGUUUGAACACUUUGAAAUGG